CGCGCAACCCAACGCUUGGCAGUUGACCGGAAUCAGUCGCGCGCGAGACGUCCUGGCGUACAGAGGCCUUCACAGUUUUUUUCUACGCGCUUCCGCCGCGUCUUCGUGCUUUGUGAUUGCUGCGCUGACAGUGAAAAAGAAGUUUUUUGUAUUUUUUUCUAACCAAAAAAACAGAGAGUGAAAGACGCGCCAGUUAGCUGUGGGCGCACAUGUUUCAGCGUGAAUAAUUUCGGAUGUGUUUGUGAUUGUAAUGAUCGAUGUAUUAUCGCGUGCUGGCAACAAAGUCAGGACUGUGUUGAUACCGUGAAUACAGAUAAAUGCUUUUAUUUGCCUUCGUGUGCUUCAUGCAACUCGCGCAUUUAUCCGACAUUUUGUGACGUUAUUCGCAGGCGAUCUUUACGGCUACAUUGCCAUUGACUAAUUAUCAGAGGAGCCGUCAUUCAACAAUAUCGAACACACAACUGAACAAAUAUAGAUAUGCAGAUUACUGCAUAGGCUGGCAACGCCGCGAUUUAAUGAGCGCUGAAUGCAAAAUAAUUGAUAAAUUUGUCCAAUUAGUGGCGUUAUCGGUGGAGACGCGAUAAAAACCAGAUAAUUUCCUAAGAUAAAUUCAUUAACCAGCGGAAGGGUCGCAUUUGCCAACACACAAACAAUCGCACACUAUAUACAUAAAUAUGUAGGUACUUGUGGGUAAAAUUAGUACAUAUGUGCCCAAGUGUACACAUGUAAUCGCUCGAGUGUUGGCAUACGCAAAAGACAACAACAACAAAUAAUUUUAAGUAGUUCUGUGUGUGUCCCAACUGCCCACGCAGCGCUGUUGAGUGUUUGAGCUGCCCAUGAGAUACCGUUACUAUCGCAAUGUGAUGACACAAUCCCUUACAACAAAAACAAACAUUCACCGAAUGUGAAAUCGAUGCAACAAGUUGCGGUGAAACGGAUAAAACGAAAUUUUAACGAGUGCAUGUAUGUUGUUGUUUUUUCAAAAGGGCUCGUCAGUGAUGAUAACUGCAUAUUUCAAUAAAUUACUUUUCCUAAAAUAAUAAAACGCAUGGCGAUUUUUAUUUCAGCUAAAUUAAAUAUUUUUCAUCCCACGCAAAUUAUUGAAGUACGAAAGGAAGAGCAGAGCGAAACGCAGACGAUAAUAAGCAAAAAUAAAAGCGUCAAGAGUCAACAGUUUAUUUAUUUACAGCAAUCAAAUGGAAACACACUGAUGACAGCAAACCCUUCAGCAUGACUUCCGAGAACCAGCCUGCUCGCACCACCGAAGCUGCCUCGACUACAUUGCCAAGGAAAAACGGCUUUUUCACCCAACUAUCAUCGAAGUCCUUCAAUGCGCGACUCUCCGGCUCCGCGGAGCGACAAACGCACAGCCAGCAAUCAAAUUCAACGUUACAUAGACCCUACGGGCAGACGCGCAGUGUGCCGGAGGGUCGCUUUGCCAGCGGAAGCCGUGCACAGCAUUUAAAAACACUACUCUACGAGUUCCUGGCAAUAACGUCAACCGCCGCAACAGUUGCAGCCACCACGACAGCGACAACAGGUUCACAACUCACGCACAUCAAUGUUGCAACAGCGUCAACCGCAACACCGUCAAUUGCCACAAAGGCAACUUCAUUUGCGGUUGUGCCGACAACCUUCGCCACAACUCUGAGUGCAGUAUUCCCCAGCGUUACAUCCCCAAAUGCAUUUAUUCAAAUGAAUGCCACCACUGUCGGCGGGGAUCCCCCCUAUUCAGAUGACAGCGCCCAAUUCACACUCUACGACUCUAGCACUGAGUCUGUUUUGAAUGCUAGUAGUGUUACCGUGAGCUAUGCCGCCACCACUGCCAGCGCUCACGUGGCUGCCUCCAUGGACGCCUACCUGGUGGCGUUGCCCUGGCCGAAGGCGCUCGCAGUGGCAAUUUUCGUGCUGCUGAUCCUGGUGACGGUGGUCGGCAACACACUAGUCAUACUGUCCGUGCUGACCACACGCCGGCUCCGAACCGUCACCAAUUGCUUCGUGAUGAACCUGGCCAUCACUGAUUGGCUUGUGGGCACGUGUGUGAUGCCACCAGCUGUUAUGCUCUAUGUUGUUGGUAGCUGGCGCUAUGGUUGGAUCUUGUGUGACAUUUGGAUUUCACUGGACGUUCUGCUCUGCACCGGCUCCAUACUGAGCUUGUGCGCCAUUAGCCUGGACAGAUAUCUUGCAGUGACUCAACCCCUAAAUUAUUCCAAAAAACGCCGUUCGAAGCGCUUGGCAUUGGGCAUGAUAUUCAUUGUGUGGGUGACGGCGCUAUUAAUCACAUGUCCACCGUACUUGGGUUGGUACGAUCCGGGCCGUCGUCACGAAGGUAAUGUCGUUUGCCGCUACAAUCAAAAUAAGGGAUAUGUGGUGUUUUCCGCAAUGGGCUCAUUUUUCAUUCCGCUCGCCGUUAUGAUGUACGUUUACAUGAAGAUUGGCUACGUCCUCACGUCGCGGAGACAGCGCAUGGUGCGUGAUGCGAAGUCGGAGCGCACCGCGGACCAUGAUAUAGACUGUGACAACUUUAUUUCCGAGUCGGAGCAUUAUCAAUGUGCCACGCCGAAAUUUCCCUCCUUCAAGUCGCGUUGGGGCAGCGGCCAUGCCAGCAGCAACAACUGCUCUGCCAAAAAUCUCAGUUUACAUUGCAGCAAAUGCAAUAAGGCCUACCUCGGCAAUGUCAACGGUGGUAGUGCCAGCAUUAAUGGUGGCGGUCUCAAGCAUCAGGCAUCGUUCUACGAGUUGGUUGAGGUGUCACGUUUAACAUCAAUAAUUCAGUGUUCGGCACUCAAUUGUAAAUACGCCGGCGUCUGUAUGCAUUCCAGUGCGAUGGGUGUACCGCUGGCCCAACGGCGCUCCUCCUCAUUGCCCAUGCAAGAAGUGCACUUCAUCGAGGAUGGCACGUCGUUUUCUGAUAAUUGUCUGGCGGCCAACUCCGCGCUUACCACAAGCAUGACCACAACAAGAGGUUUGAAAUUCAAUCCGAUGUUGGGACAAAAUCAAGAGCAGGCGCAAGCACACCAUCACCACAAUCACCACCAUAAUCCCCAUCGCAUACCGAUGCGUGUGUCCACAACGAAGCGGGAUUCGAAAACCGCCAAGACGCUGACCAUCGUUAUGGGCGGCUUCAUCGCCUGUUGGCUGCCGUUCUUUACCUACUACUUGUUGAUGCCAUUCCUGCCCCCACCGGCGGUGUUUGAGGGUCUCAUGUCCUUUCUGACAUGGGUCGGCUGGGUGAACUGCGCCAUUAAUCCUUUCAUCUAUGCUUUCUACAAUCCCGAUUUUCGCACCGCCUUUUGGCGUUUAACUUGUCGACGCAUUUGUAAGCAGAAGCCGCCACUCAACCAUAUGGCCAUGUUCCGGGGCUAAAAUGGUGCACAGAGCAUUAAACACAAGGCACUAUACAAGGCAGUGGUUCUCUGUCACAGGACAAUCAAAUUACAUUUUUUCCAGUGGAGAAAAAUGCGCGGGUGUAAAUAUAUAUGUAUUUGAAAUGUAAUAGUACUAGAGUGCCGUUGAAGGGCCAUCAAAAAAGAGCUAAGAAAUGUGAAACUGAAACAAGCAGAAAUAAAAAUGAAAAAGACAUAGCAAGAGGUUCGAUGGUAGUGGUCAGUAGUGUAAGACUUCAGGGGGUUUGUAAAAUGUAUUUCAAGCUGAUUGAAACAAGUAAGAAACUGUCGAGCGUUUCCGUUUUUCAUUUCGGCCGUAAGCGUUGUCAGUUGUUGGUGGCAGGACGCCUGGAAAGAACAAAUCUGCUAAGCAGCCCGAAGAUUGAUGCUGUAAACGAGCAACAAGGGAGAAUACAAACUGUUGACAAGGAAAUUAAAGCGUUGCCAUUUAUUUGGAUCUGCCCAGCGGAGAUUCUUCAGUCGGCAGGGGAGGUGUGCUGGUUCGGCAGCAGAAAUGAAAAUAAAUUUGUGGCAGGUGCCUUUUCUCCUGAGCACAUUCAAACGCUUGAAGAUUUACAAACGAGCGAACAAAAGAUAAACCUUUCAUUUAUUUAUUAAAUAUUCAAAACCAAACACAAACGGUCACCGCGUAUAUUCUAGAGCAAAAACUUAGCUGUAACCAUACUUAUAAAUAUAUAUAUGUACAUAUGUAGCUAUUUACAUAUUUAGGUGAAGUCUUAGCCAAUUUGUGAAACCAUAUUGCCAUAUACAAAGUACUGUGUAAGCUUAGCUAAUUUUAUCUCUAAAUCAUAAAAUAAACUUUAACAAUUAGGCGAAAUAAAAAUACAAUUCUCUUUUGAAACUGUA